GGUAACUACUGCCAGGGCAGGACCUGGGCCUGUCGGAAUACGAAUAGAGGAACGCGCUCGUCGUUGCUGUGUCACUUCCGGGUUGUAACUGUUUAGUUUUAGCAAAUUCAUUUGUCAUUUGAUCGGUUUUGAGCUGAAGCGCCACAAUGGCUUCUUGUAGCACAUAUCGGCUAAGUUGCACCAUUCCGGGCCAUAAGAUGGAUGUGAGGGGACUGACCACGGCGUGCUUUCCACAUGGAGCUUUUGUCUCCGUGUCCAGAGACAGAACAGCCAAAGUCUGGGUGCCAGAUUCAAGCGAGAGCAGGGGCUACACGGAGAUGCACUGCAUGAACGGCCACACCAACUUCGUGUCCUGUGUGUGCAUCAUCGCUCCAAAUGAGACCUACCCCCGUGGCCUCAUCGCCACUGGCAGCAGUGACCACAACAUCUGCAUCUUCUCUCUGGAUAGGGUGGAUCCACUCUUCACGCUCAAGGGCCACAAAAAUACAGUGUGUUCGCUCUCAGCUGGAAAGUUCGGGACGUUGCUCAGUGGAUCGUGGGACACAACUGCCAAAGUCUGGCUUAGUGACAAGUGUAUGAUGACCUUACAGGGUCACACAGCAACAGUGUGGGCAGUUCUCAUUUUGCCAGAGCAGGGUCUAAUGCUCACAGGAUCUGCUGACAAAACGAUUAAACUCUGGAAAGCAGGCCGUUGUGAGAGAACAUACUCGGGUCAUGAGGACUGCGUCCGAGGACUGGCCGUGUUGAACAACCUGGAGUUUUUCUCCUGUAGCAACGACGCCAGCAUCAGACGAUGGAUGGUAACCGGAGAAUGCGUUCAAGUCUAUUACAGUCACACCAACUACAUCUACAGUUUGGCGGUCUUCUCCAAUGGAAAAGACUUCAUAAGUACAGGAGAAGACCGGACAGUUCGUAUCUGGAAAAAUGGUGAAUGCGCUCAGACCAUCUGUCUGCCUGCGCAGUCGGUCUGGUGCUGCUGUUUGCUGCCCAACGGAGACAUUGUUGUAGGGUCGAGCGACGGUGCGAUCCGAGUGUUUACUGAGAGCGAGGAACGUGUAGCGAGUGCUCAGGAUCUGCAAGCUUUCGAAGAAGAGCUCUCAAAAUCCACCAUUAACCCCAUGGGCGGAGACCUGGGAGACAUCAAUGUAGAGGAGUUACCAGGCAGAGAGCAUUUAAAUGAAUCGGGGAAUCGCGAUGGUCAGACACGGCUCAUAAAGGAGGGCAGUAAUGUCGAGGCGUACCAGUGGAGCAUGAACGACAGCCGCUGGGUGAAGAUUGGAGAUGUGGUGGGCGGUUCCUCCAAGAACUCCGGCACUGUAAUGUAUGAGGGCAAGGAAUAUGACUUUGUUUUCACCAUUGAUUUAAACGAGGGCGGGCCCUCUAUGAAACUGCCCUAUAACGUGAGCGAUGACCCCUGGCUGGCAGCACACAACUUUCUGCAGAAGAAUGACCUGAACCCCAUGUUCCUGGACCAGGUGGCUAACUUCAUCAUCGAAAACACCAAGGGACACACGCUGGGUCCAGAACCAGCCUCAGCUGUUGAUCCAUUUACAGGUUCAGGACGUUAUAUUCCUGGUUCAGGAGACCCAAGACAAGGCUUUGGAACAGACCCUUUCACAGGUGCUGGGCGAUACAUACCCGGAUCAGGACCUGCACCUAGAGGAUCUGCAGGUGUUGCUGAUCCCUUCACAGGUGGGAGCGCGUACUCUUCUGCUGCUCUCCAGAAGUCCGUCGCAAAUAUUUAUUUCCCCAAAACAGACGGCGUUAUAUUUGAGCAGGCCAAUGCUGCACAGAUCACUGCUAAGCUGCGGGAGCUGAACGCCAACGCCCCGGAGGACCACAGGCUGACUGAUGAGGUGUUAAACAGUCUGGAGAAGCUGCUGCUCACAGUCACGGACAAGACCCAAGAUCAGCCUACAGCAGAACAAAUCAGCAUCCUCUGGAGGACCAGCCACUGGCCUGAAGACAUCGUCUUCCCCGUGCUGGACAUCCUGCGCAUGGCAGUGCGCCACCCUGAGAUCAAUGCUGAAAUGUGUGGAGGAACGGAGGGUGCCAGUCUAUGUAACCACCUGUUAGGCCUCAUGUCUCCAGAUGGCAGGGCAGCCAAUCAAAUGCUGGCUUUGCGUACGUUGUGUAACUGUUUCUCUGGUUCCCGUGGCCGCUCUCUGCUCCUGGGUCAGAGGGAAGCAGUGCUUUCCCGGGCCGUCGAGCUCCGUUCUGUCUGCAAUAAAAAAAUCCACGUGGCUUUGGCCACUCUGGUGCUGAACUACACUGCCGUGCUUCACGGCCAAGAUGUUGAGAUCGAGGCCAAAGCCCAGUGUUUAUCGGUGGCUAGCAGUGCCCUGGAGGUCGUGCAGGACAAAGAGGCUGUGUUUAGGCUGCUAGUAGCACUUGGAACUACAGUAUCCGGAGACAACACAGCCAAGGAUCUGGCACGCUCACUAGGAGUGGCAUCGCAGAUCACAAAGUAUGCCACUGUAUCUGACCCACCUAAACUGGGGGAGUGCUGUCGACUGCUGCUGGAUGAACUGCAGUGACCUCACACCGAGCGCAUAUCUGACUGCAACCCUUUUACAUGAUCCUCUUACGUUGUAGCCGCUCAGCACUUAGUUUCUGUUUAACCUGUUCUUCUUCCUGGUGAUGAAUGACUGAACGAAUGCAUGGUAUGAAUAAAACGAAUAUGUAGAGUAA